GACAGAUGUACUCCUCUGACAGCUCUCAGUAUCAGCCCAGUGGCUCCCUGCCAUUGGCUCAGUGCAAUGGACCGGCAACGCCGCUCACUAUAAUAACACUCAUGCCUGCGAGCAGCAGCAACUCCGAGUGCGGACGCCGAGCGCGGGGGAUGCUACCGCCGCUGCCGCUCGGGCGGCUCCCGCUGCCCGGCUCUGCUCGGCCGUCGCGCGUGCACUGACUCCCGCUUGGCUCGGUCCUGCCCGCCUGGGCCCUCCCAGCCUGGAAUCCUCCCGCGAGCUUAUAGCCCCAAGGCGAAUUAGGAAACACUGAAAGAGAUACUGAGAAAGAGAGAGAGGGAGAGAGCAGCAAAGAUGCGGAGGCAGAGGAGCCUGGGUGCGCAUCGCAGAGAGGUGUAGUGAGCCGGGCUCCCGAGGACGGUCAAGAGGCGGCGGUUUGCCCUGCUGGCGGGUCCCCAAACCACCCUCCUCGGGCUCUGGCGCGCUGCGGCUGCGGGCGCGGGUGCAUGGAAGCGGCGGCUGCGGUGGAGGAGGCGGCGGCUGCCCCAUGGAGUGUUACUACAUUGUCAUCAGCUCCACGCAUCUCAGCAACGGACACUUUCGCAACAUCAAGGGAGUUUUCCGGGGCCCUCUCAGCAAGAACGGGAACAAAACUCUGGACUACGCUGAGAAGGAAAAUACCAUAGCAAAAGCUCUGGAAGACCUAAAGGCCAAUUUCUACUGCGAACUCUGUGACAAGCAGUAUUACAAGCAUCAGGAGUUUGACAAUCACAUUAAUUCUUAUGACCAUGCUCACAAGCAGAGGCUCAAAGAACUGAAACAAAGAGAAUUUGCUCGAAAUGUAGCAUCUAAAUCCAGAAAAGAUGAAAGGAAACAGGAAAAGGCACUUCAACGCCUGCACAAGCUUGCAGAGCUGAGAAAGGAAACUGUGUGUGCUCCUGGAAGUGGCCCCAUGUUCAAGUCAACAACUGUUACUGUGAGAGAAAAUCUUAAUGAAAUCUCAGGAAAAGUUGUGGGUUCAGUUAACAACCAGGAAGAAUUCAAAUAUACUUUGAUGCAUAGUGAAGAGAAUUCUAAAGAUGUUACUGCUGUUGCUGCAGAUUCAGAAAGCGCAAAUAAUUAUACAGCAAAAAAUAACCAACUUGGGGAUCAAGCCCUGGGAAUUCACAGACACAAAAUUGGCUUUUCUUUUGCAUUUCCAAAGAAAGCAUCAGUGAAGCUAGAGUCCUCAGCUGCAGCCUUUUCUGAAUACAAUGAUGAUGCCUCUGCGGAAAAAGGAUUUAGCAGAAAAAGUAGAUUUGUCCCUGGUGCUAGUCACCUUCCACUAUCUUCACCAACAGAUGUGCUUUUGAGUUCUGAGGAUGCUAACACUUUUCACCCACCAGAGGGAAUGUGCUCUGACAAAGAAGAAAAGCUUCAAACUCAAGAGAUGAAAGAAGUCUCUAGUAAAAAAGAUACAUUAUUAUUACCUCCAUUUUGCCUUCAACUCCCUUUAUCUUCUGAUUCAGAUAAUUGCCAAAAUUCAGUUCCAAUAGCAGAUCAGAUACCACCAGAAGAUGUUAUUAUUAAUGAAGACAUAUCCAUGAGUGGUCACAGGUCUGAGUUGUUGGGAAAUAAAUCCACAGUUCCUGAUAUGCCUAACGAUUGCUUAUCUUUGCAAGCUACCACAGAGGAAAAUGUUAAGAACAAUGAUGCAUCAACAAUUGAAGCUGAAAGUAAAAAUCAUGGUCCUGAGAUUUUGGCCCCUUCAAAUACUGAAGAGGAAAAUAUAAACUUACAUAAAAAAACAGAUUCAUGUAAAAGACAAGGUGAGCCAUUUGUACCUGUACUUAACAAACAUGGAUCAACAGUUCUUCAGUGGCCAUCAGAAAUGCUGAUUUAUACAACUACUGAACCAUCAGUCUCCUACAGUUGCAAUCCCCUCUGUUUUGAUUUCAAGUCCACUAAAUUAAGCAACAAUCUAGAUAAAAAUAAACUGCCCUUAAAUGAUCUUUCCUCUCAGCAGAAGGGAGAAGAGAUUUGCAAGGAAUCAGUUUCAGAGUGCAAGGACACAUCUGUCACAGGAGUCACUGAUUAUGAAAUUGUAGGUAGUAGAAGAGAAUAUACCCAAGUCACUCCUAUUUUAGCUGAUGAAACUGUCUCCAAGAGUUAUGAUUCUGGAAGAAAUGGGAAUAUGGGUCUGAGAUUUAAAAAUAUUUCCUGUAGAAUCAGAAACACAGAAAAAUGUAAUUCCACUGAAAAGCAAAUAAAACAAGACACUCUAGAUGAGAAAUACAACAAAAUAAGGUUGAAAGAUACUCAUGAACACUGGUUCCAUAAAAGUAGAAGAAAAAAAAGAAAAAGAAAGUUAUGUCAUCAUCAUGGGGAGAAAACCAAAGAAUUAGAAUCUCGUUUUGAAAUGGAAAUGGAGAAUAAUUACACUGAUAAAACUAGGACAAAUCUACUGGAAACAAUUUCAGAAAAACAGUAUUUAGAUGCAGAGCAAUUAUCAGAAUCACAUCACUUACCUGAUAAAAGGCCAAAGUCAGCAUCCGUAUACCUAAGUGAAAAUGAAGAAAUGUGUAAAACUUGGAACACCAAAUACAAUAAUACUGAUGCUAUCAGUUCUAAAAACAACUAUAGAAGGAACACAAUUGCUUUAAAUGGACAAUCAAAUCCAACCAUGGUACAUUCUGGGAAACAUAAUUUAACAUAUUCCAGAACUUUCAAUAGUUGGAAAGCCAAAAAGUUGAGCUGUAGCCAGGAUCACAAAUGCUUAGUUCUUCAAAAUGAUGUGAAAUGCAUGAGUCAGAAUCAGGCUGUUAAAAGAGGUUGUAAUUCUCUUGAAUCAGAAAGAUUCCAUCGAAAACGUAGACAGCAUUCAUAUUCUUCAGAUGAAAGUUUAAAUCAGAAUUACUUGCCAGAGGAAAUUUUGAGGCCAUCAAGUACUUCAGUUGCUCCGUCUAAUUCUAAAAAGAAACGGAGGAGGAAAAGAAGCAGAUUCCACACUAGAUUUGAAGCUUUGGAUCUUAAAGAGGAUACAAAUUAUCUCAUGAAAGACAAUUCUUCAUUAAGUAAUCUAGAUGAGUUAAUAAAUGAAGACAAAAAAGAGGAAAUAAAACCACAAGAAGUUACAAAUAUUGAAAGUAACUCAGAAAAAACAGACCAAGUAGAAAACAACCUAACUUUGGACUCUAGCAAUCUUCUUCCUUCUGAAACCAAUGGUGAAACUGAACAUUUGGUUAUGGAGACCACUUCUGCUGAAUUUUCAGAGGUUUCCAGUGAUCCCACCACAUCUCUCUAUGUUGCUAGUGUUCCAACAAAAGUAGCAAUUGAAAAUACCUUGCUUGAACAUAAGAAAAGAUGUGAGCCGAUUAAUAUUAAUGGAAAACAAAUUCCUCCCAAGGUGCCCAAUAUUGAAAGGAACUUUAGACAGCCACAACCUAAAUCAUACUUUUGCCAUUAUGAACUGGCUGAGGCCCUUCCACAAGGAAAGAUGAAUGAGGCAUCAACUGAGUGGCUACGGUAUAAUUCAGGAAUCCUUAACACACAACCACCAUUACCAUUCAAAGAAGCACAUGUCAGUGGUCAUACCUUUGUAACAACUGAGCAAAUUCUCGCUCCAUUAGCUUUACCAGAACAAGCAUUAUUAAUCCCACUAGAAAACCAUGACAAAUUCAAAGAUCUACCAUGUGAGGCAUACCAGCACAUCAUACAGCCGAACAUGCUGGUCAACAAGGUCAAAUUUACCUUUCCUCCAGCUGUCCUCCCACCCCCUAGCACACCUCUGCAGCCUUUGCCUUUGCAGCAGCCCUUAUGUUCUACCUCUGUAACCACUAUCCACCACACUGUUUUGCAGCAGCAUGCGGCAGCCGCUGCAGCAGCAGCAGCCGCCGCAGCCGCAGGGACAUUUAAAGUACUUCAACCACAGCAACAGUUUCUUUCCCAAGUCCCAGCUCUAUCCAGAACAUCGUUACCUCAGAUCUCAGUAGGACCUAGGCUUUGUCCUGGGAACCACCCGACUUUUGUGGCUCCUCCUCAGAUGCCAAUCAUUCCAGCUUCGGUUCUCCAUCCUAGUCAUCUGGCUUUCCCACCUUUACCCCAUGCACUCUUUCCUUCAUUGCUUUCCCCGCACCCUACUGUCAUCCCUCUGCAACCUCUCUUCUAGUCAUCACCAUAAAGGGGACAGGAAAUAUCCCUGUGUAAACUAUUGCUAUAUGCAUAAGUGCUCAUCUAAGCGGAUAAAUGGCUCUUUAAAUGGUGAAAAUAAACUGGUCCAAAUAUGGCCACAUUGAUUUUAAAUCAUUUACUGUAAUGUAAUGAUGCAAAUAUAGUCUUAAGUUUCUGAUAUAUAUUAUAAAAGCACUGACUAGUUUGAAAAUCAAUACAAUAUAUGCUGUAUAUUAAAAUGUCUUAAGGGUAUGUAAAAUGUACAUAAAAUAUAUUUAUAGUACGGUAAUUUAUGUUGUAAAGUAUGCUCUUUGGUUUUUUUAAUCUUUGUGUAUUUGCACCUAUUUAAUGUUUAGACAAAGCUGAUGGCACUAUGUUUUGUACCACGUUCCUUGAAACUGUAAAUUCGGUGAAAAAAUUCUCUUGCAAUAAAUUUUUGUUAACUAUUUAAGUAAA